AUGAUGCUGGAUGGGUACCCUCCGAUCGUCUCGCUGCAGGAGUUUCUGGCCACCUGCGAGAACGUCUUCCUGAUAAUCUUCUGUGUGGAGAUGUGCAUCAUGAUUGGUGCCUACGGCCCAUGUAGGUAUUUGAAGACCCCGGUCACAUGCUUCGAUGGGAUCAUCGUCACUGCUUCUGUGGUUCAGGUGCUGUCGAGCCCGGACGGUCAGGCGCCCUUCACGGCGCUGCGGACCUUGCGCCUCUUUCGGGUCCUGAACAAGCUUGCAAGCCGAUGGCCAUCUUUUCGAGUGCUCUUGAAGGCCAUGCUCUACACAGGCAAGUCGCUGAGCUACUGGAUUGUCCUGUUCUCUCUCGUCCUGUACAUCUGCACCCUGAUGUUCACGCAGCUUUUCCAGUCCACGUUCCACUUCGUGGAUGUGGAUACCUUGGCGGAGGUGAGCCCCGAUCAGGGCGGAGCAUGGUGCGGUGGGACAGAGGGUCUCGACGAGGCUUUCCGACAGGACUGCAUACCACGCGCUCAUUUCGACACCUUCCUGUGGUCUUUGGUCUCUAUCUUCCAGAUCAUGACAGGAGAAAACUGGAACACCAUCAUGUAUGCCGGUAUGCGGGCUCAGAACUGGGCCUACGCGGCAUUCUUUGUCUUGUUGAUCAUCUUUGGGCAGAUCCUUUUUCUCAGCCUGUUUCUCUCCAUGCUGCUUUCGAAGUUUGACGAAGUUCAGGACGAGAUGGAACGGCGAGAGGCCGAGAAGCUGAGCAAGUCCAAGGAAGAGAUGACGCGAAGCAGUGAGCCGCGUGCGGACGGCCGGCGACUUUCUCCAGAAGGCUCCUUUCUCGUGGAGCUGUUCUUGGAGAAUGAGACGGAGGCCAAGCGUCACAUCUUCCGUACCCCAACGAGGGAGCCACCCAUGCCGACCGCGGCCCAGCGUGCUGCUAUGCGGGGUGGGCCUGCGAGAGAUACCGAGUCAGUGGCCACUUCGCGCAGCCACGCAGAGGUUGCGGAAAUACCAGUUCCCAAGGUCAUUCCUCCGAGGGCGUGGAGCCCGAGCCCGUCUUUCACGCCGCUGUCGCAGUCGCUGCGGCCAUGGUCCGGGUCGCUUUUUCAGCCUCUCCUGGUCCCAGCGGCCUCCGGCUUUGGGUAUGGGGUGCCUGUGCCUUUGCCUCUGCAGCCCGAGUCUCCGAUCUUCAGCUCACACCAGCACUUCGCGCCGCGUCGCCUUGGGAGCUUCAGCCCUCCUCCAAUGCCCCAAAGCCGACACGCGUCACCAGUUCCUGCUCGGCGGAUAUGGCCUCAAACCGCAGCUACAGCCCAAGGGCACUGGCAAAGUCCCAGUGCUUCAAGGCCUUCUAGGUCGCUCUCACCGCUGAGACGGCCGCUUCCAAGGCCCUCUCCUGCUUCGCCACCGGAGCCUCGAACGCACAUUGCGGCGGCCCUGCCGCGGCGCGAGAAGUCGCCCCGUGUCCACGAGUCCCCACCACGGAACGUGGAGCCUCCGCUGAGCCCUGCAAAGAAUGCUGCAGAGGCUCCUCCGCCAGUGACAAGGAUGGCGAGCACCUCUUGGCUGCCAAAGCGCAACCACCCGGCUUCCACCGUGCUGGGUCGUGAGCCUCUGCCAAGCAUCGAGAGGGACUUCGACGGCGCGGGUCGGAGCCCUGCCGGCCCAGAGAACUUGCCGGGGCCCAGUGUGGAGGCUCUGAAGUUGGAGCUGAAAAGACGGGGGCUGGACUUCGUCUUCUGCUUCUCAAGGGAGGACCUCUACCGGCGACUUCGCGAGGAGAUGAUCGAAGAUUGUGCACGGGAAGCGGCCGAGAGGAAGCUGAGAAGUAUGUGCGAGGAUGCCGGCGACUAG